UGCUUUGCGGAGAUCAUCACCAAGAUGGCUGACGUUAUGGAGGAAUAUGAGAAAGAAGCUGGCUGCGUCCCUAUCCUCCAUCCUGAGGAAAUCAAACCCCAGAGUCACUACAACCAUGGCUACAGCGAGACGGCCAGCCGCAAGAACCAUGUGGACGACUACAGCACUUGGGACAUCGUCAAAGCCACUCAGUAUGGCAUCUUUGAGCGCUGCAGGGAGCUGGUGGAGGCUGGCUUUGAUGUCCGACAGCCAGACAAAGAAAACGUGACCCUCCUUCACUGGGCAGCCAUCAACAACAGGAUAGAUCUGGUCAAAUACUACAUAUCAAAAGGAGCCAUUGUGGACCAGCUUGGAGGUGACCUCAAUUCCACACCUCUGCAUUGGGCAACCAGACAAGGUCAUCUAUCUAUGGUGGUGCAGCUCAUGAAAUACGGUGCUGAUCCUUCUUUGAUUGACGGGGAGGGCUGCAGCUGUGUCCACUUGGCGGCCCAGUUCGGCCACACCUCCAUUGUGGCAUAUCUUAUCGCAAAAGGGCAGGACGUGGACAUGAUGGAUCAGAAUGGCAUGACUCCCCUGAUGUGGGCAGCUUACAGGACACACAGCGUGGAUCCAACGCGACUCCUACUGACGUUCAAUGUGUCGGUUAACCUUGGUGACAAAUAUCACAAGAACACGGCGCUGCACUGGGCCGUGCUGGCCGGCAACACAACAGUCAUCAGCCUGCUGUUGGAUGCCAACGCUAAUGUUGAUGCUCAGAACAUUAAGGGUGAAACACCGCUGGACUUGGCCAAGCAGAGAAAGAACGUUUGGAUGAUCAAUCACUUACAGGAGGCUCGGCAAGCAAAAGGUUACGACAGCCCAUCAUACCUGAAAAGACUGAAGAUGGACAAGGAUUUUCGGCAGAAGGUGAUGUUAGGAACACCAUUCUUGGUGAUCUGGCUUGUGGGCUUUAUCGCAGACCUGGACAUCGACUCCUGGCUCAUCAAGGGUCUCAUGUACGCCGGAGUCUGGGUGACGGUGCAGUUCCUCUCCAAGGCUUUCUUCGACCACUCCAUGCACAGUGCUCUCCCUCUGGGUAUCUACCUGGCUACCAAGUUCUGGAUGUACACCACAUGGUUCUACUGGUUCUGGAAUGAUCUCCCUUUCUUCACUGUCCAUGUUCCUUUUCUGUUAAACAGCGUCGCCUUGUUCUACAAUUUUGGCAAAUCCUGGAAGUCAGAUCCAGGCAUCAUUAAAGCUUCCGAGGAGCAGAAGAAAAAGACAAUUGUGGAGCUGGCAGAGACAGGCAGUCUGGACCUGAGCAUAUUUUGCAGCACAUGUUUGAUACGGAAACCCAUCAGGUCCAAACAUUGUGCUGUGUGCAAUCGCUGCAUUGCCAAGUUUGACCACCACUGUCCCUGGGUGGGCAACUGUGUCGGAAGUGGGAAUCAUUGUUACUUCAUGGGUUACCUCUUCUUCCUGCUGGGCAUGAUCUGCUGGAUGAUGUACGGCUGCAUCUCCUACUGGAGGAUCCACUGUGCCACGACUUACGCCAAGGAUGGGUUCUGGCUCUACCUGACCCAGAUUGCCUCCUGCUCACCAUGGAUGUUCUGGAUGUUCCUCAACAGCGUCUUCCACUUCAUGUGGGUGGCUGUGCUCAUCAUGUGUCAGCUCUACCAGAUCGCUGCUCUGGGAAUCACCACUAAUGAGAGAAUGAACGCGCGGCGCUACAAGCACUUUAAGGUCACAGCAACAUCCAUCGAAAGCCCCUUCAAUCACGGCUGCAUUCGGAACCUCAUUGAUUUCUUCGGAAUCCGCUGCUGUGGUCUGCUGCGGCCCGUGACGGUGGACUGGACUACUCAAUACACAAUAGAAUAUGACCAGACGUCUGGCUCGGGCUAUCAGCUGGUGUAGAGGAGGAGGAGGUGGAUGGAAGGGGUGGAGGACGUUUGGAAAGAAUUCAUAUCAGAGCGAAGCCACUCUCGCCUGUACUUUUUUUUAUUUUGACUCCCUCAACGAUCAAAGCGAAAUAAACGUGGCAGGAGUGCCGUCGCAACAUCCAGGUACACAAGUCGCCAUCCUGCACCUCCACCGCCUCUCGUUUUUCUCCCCCAAAUCCCCGCGAACGACGAACCGCUGUCAAGCGGACCGCAGGAAGAGAGUUGGGGCAGCCGUUUUACGCCGCGAUGGAUGUGCCACGCAUCAGAAAAAUCAUUUUCGUUGUCAAGACAUGUUUAAAUGAUUUUUACUGUUUUUCAGCCACCAAUCUGUUUUCGUGUGUGGGGGAAGGGAAUGUCUUUUUUUUAAAGGUCAUGGUUCUUUGCACCGUGAUGAGUCGGUGGAAAAGUCGGAAGAUUCCAGCUCAAGUAUUAAAGUGAUGGGACACUGUAGACUUGACCGAAAAAUAUCCUUUAGACAAUGUGAUGCAGGUGAUAUUUAUUUUUAAACUUAUUUAUCGAUGUUCUAGUGGCAUGAUCUUAACCUCUCAUGUCAGUUUUAGCUCUGUAGGUUUUAAGAGGGAGUUGAGAUGGAGGAAAAAAAACGCAGACGCUGUUUACAAGAACGCUUCAUUCCACGUGUUUAUCUGGAACAGUCUUAUGUGUCUUUUGUUUGUCUAUGACAUUGCACUGAUUUUUAUCUUUUUUUAAAUUAUGAUCCUCUUUUUUUGCGCCAAUGCUGAACAGAAAGCGACAAUUUUUUUCAAUAUAAUUUCUGAGGGCUGAUCUGGUACGAGCGUCUCCCUUCAUUUCAUGGACUGUAAAGAAUGUGCAUCUGUACAUAACAAUCAACGUGUCUUUUUUUUUUCCCCUUUCGCCAAUGUUCCUGGAAGUUUCACGAUGAAGACGGGUUUUUCUUCCACCCAAGACGCAGGAAACGACUCGGCUUUUAGUGACGUCCCACUGCUGUGGAUAAGCAUUUCAGCCCGUAAAUAAAACACUCCCCCUACCUGUGAAGACCCUCGUCUGCAUGUUUGAUGCUUGGGACAGCUGGGCUUUUACCCCAUCGCCAUGGCGACAGCCUAGCCAGCCAUGUCUUUGUAUAUAGUGAAUGUUAAGUAUUUGCAAGUCCUUCUGUUCAUUUUUGCCUCAAAUCCAGUGUGUAUCUUCUAGUGGACGUCGUCUUUUUGGGUCCCAAAAUUUCCCAGUUGGACCUGUACAAGUGUGUAAUAUAUUUGAUGGUUUCCAUGCUUGUGGACUCCAGAAAGGUUUUUGUUUUUCUUUUCUAUGUCAUAUAAAUAUAUAUAUAUAUAUAUAAAUAUAUAUAUCGCUGGGUUUGUUAUACCACUGGAUGUACAAAUUGUAAAGCAAAGACACUAGAGAACUAAAGUUUUUCAUUUUUUAAGAGCUGAAAUACGAUCAUGCAAUAGUUGAAGGAGAAAGAGGGCGCCUCACUGUUGCAUCAUCAGCAGAGGAUUGACGUCGGUUCAUGUCCUGCUCCAGUCCACUCUGACAUCCAAACGCACCUUUGUCCAUUUGUCUCAGACAAUGUUCACAUUUCCUCUGGCCACUCAAAGCGAUGGGAAUAGAUGUCAUGGUGCACCAACAGAGGGCGAUGAAGAUGCCAGUUUUGGGAAAACGUGCCACAAAUUUACUGGCCGGGAGUGGGGAAACUUUUCAUUGGAAUCUGACUCUUCUAUCAAAACAUGGAUAUAACUGCUAGUUGUCUCAACAUGUCUUGAGCGAAGCUGCUUGAAAUUGAUCCAGACAGGACUAAAAGUUGGCAGCCAACUGAAGACCUGCAAUUCAAAGGUUGCAGCUAGUGCAGGCCAGGCGAGGAAAAUGCUUUGCUCGCUAUUAUUAUUAUGUGCACCAAUCCCUGAAUGUAAACUAUUGUUGCAAGAUUAGUCGUCAGAUAUGAGUAUCCUCACUACGUUCGUAAAGUUGAUUUGAAGUUGCCAAGUUGGUGCAGUCGGUGGUAUUAGCGUGAUGAUGUCAGCCCUUUGGCGCGGACGGGCUACAGGUUUAAAAACAGGCUAACAGCACCUUUAAUCCGUUGAGCGCCUCGACAGCACUUGGUUGUAGAUAACAUAUUAUCCAUGUUGUCUCCAAGUUCUUCACUCGUCUUGAUGUCAUUUUUCAGUUACACAGUUCUUCCAGCAGCUGCUCCCCUCAACCAGAUUCAAAUUGAAGGAAAAGCGAAGAGAAAAGAAAGCACAUGAUCAUUACCAGUGCCUCUGUGCCCACCUCCUGACAUCACUGUAUCUCCGCUUCAGAUGUAAACAAACGGGCAUGGUUCAGUUUUAAUGGCUUUCCUAAUAAAAUACAGUCAAAUGUGGAC